GUAUUUCUAAAUAAUCGCAUUCGACAAAUCGGAAUCGUCCGUCAAGUCCAACUCUCAAAGUGAAACGACUUCUGACCUUGUUGACGCUCGACUUUCGCCGUUAAUAGAUCAAACAAUCACCGAGAGAUAACGAUGCGACACGCUUAUUAACAAACCGGCACUGCGGCAUUGAAAGGUCUGUCGGUACCAUCUCCGCUAGUGAAAAUGAAAAUAUUAUGGGUGCUUUUCGCAUUGUUUUCGUUUCGAGCGGAUUGCGCGAGAAUCCUGUGCGUUUUCCAAAUGCCCGCGGUCAGUCAUCAGGCCAGCUUGCAGCCUAUUUCGAGGGAACUGUCGUUGAGGGGUCACGAGGUGAUAGCGGUCACCCCUCGCCCCAUAAAAGACCCCAGUUUGGUGAACCUCACCGAGAUUGACACGAGCUACAUCUACGAAAUCAUCCACAAGCACGGAUUCGAGUUUUUCAUGUCAAAAGAGCUCACGGUUCAAAGCAAGAUCGCUAAAAUCUUCGCCAUGUACGAAGAGUUCGCAGAAGCGAUAUUCAGCAACGAACAUUUUCGACGAAUCUACACGGACCCGAACCAGAAGUUCGACCUUAUCAUAGCUCAAAUCUACAUCAGCCCGACGAUGUUUGCAUUGUCGCACAAACUGAAUUCGCCCAUCAUAGGCGUUUCAUCGAUGGGAGGGUGGACUGGCACGCAUGUUGCCAUCGGCAACCAUAACCCUCCCUCAAUCUACUCGGAGAUGUUCCUCCACUACAACGGCGAGCUCACGUUCUACGAGCGAAUAAAAAGCACCCUCUAUUACGUCUGGAGCCGAUGGUACAUCUACUGGGUGGCGAUGCCCAGAUGCGACGCUAUCGCAAGGAAGUACCUUGGGCCCGAUCUUCCUUACUUGGCUGACAUCGAGAGAAACGUCAGCGCGUUAUUUCUGAAUAUAAAUCCAAUCCUGUACACCGUGCGACCUAUGGUACCGACCGUCGUACCUCUGGGGUUCAUGCACGUCAGACCUGCCAAGCCCCUGCCGCAGGACAUCCAGGAUGAAAUCGAGUCGGCCAAGAACGGCGUCGUUUACUUUAGUUUGGGUUCAAACGUCAAGAGUGUGAAUAUUCCCCAGAGGGUGAGAGAUUUGUUGAUGAACACCUUUGCGGAGCUUCCCUACAAGAUCAUCUGGAAAUUCGAAGGCGAAGAACUACCUGGCAAGCCCGAGAACGUGGUGAUAAGAAAAUGGCUGCCCCAGCAAGAUAUUCUCGCGCACCCCAAUGUCAAGGUAUUCGUGACGCAAUGCGGUCUUCAGUCUACCGAAGAAGCCAUCGACAGGGAGAAGCCCAUGGUAGCCAUCCCGUUCAUAGCCGACCAAGAGAUGGACGCCAAGAGACUCGUAGAGCAAGGUGUGGCAGUCUGGAUCGACUACGAAACUACCAACAAGGAGGAAAUUAAGAACAGUAUUAUCGAAGUCGCCGAGAACCCCAUUUACCGCCAAAACAUUAAGAGGCUGCGCUUCCUGCUCCAGGACCAACCAAUGACGGGCCUGGAAAGAGCCGUAUGGUGGUCAGAAUACGUUAUCCGACAUCGAGGAACGAAACACCUGCGCAGUCCGACUGUCGACAUCGAGUGGCACAAAUACCUCUUGCUGGACAUCAUUGCAGCUAUGUUGGGAUUUGUAGUUAUACUAGUUUUCGUCAUAGCCAAGCUUAUACGAAUGAUAACAAGAUCCUGUUCUUUGCAAAGGAACGUCAAAUUUAAAAACCGUUGAGUACCAGUGGGGCGAGUCACGGGCGUCAACUACUGGCGAAAAA